CAGGAGGCCGGAUGGGCGAACGGAGAGGCGGAGGCGGUGCUACUGCCGGGACAGGAGGUGGGGCAGGCGGUGCGCCUCGUAGUCGUCGACGUGAGGAGCUGUUUGAGGAGGAGGAUCCCGCAGUGGUUCUGGAGCAGUCCCUGGCGCUGCUGGCCGAGAUCGAGGGGCUCAUCCGCGAGUGUGCCUCGCUGCCCCCCGACCACCCGCUGGACGCCAUCGAGGCGGCCACCGCACAGCGCAUCCCGCCGGAGCUGCUGGAUGCGCUGGAGGACACCCUCAACGUUAUUGCCAUGGCUCGGGAGGAGCUCGAUGCGGCCGCAGCAGCAGCUGCCACCUUGGAGCGGGCGAGCAGCAGCAGCAGCGGCAGCCACCGGCAUGCACCCCAUCACCAGCAUCAGCGACAGCAACACCACCAGCACCAGCAACCCUACUCCUACCAGAGUCAUGGCCACGGACACUAUCCGCACCAGCACCAGCAGCACCAGCAUCGGGCGCCCGGCGGGACCCCCAGACAGGCUGCUCCGGGCGGCGGUGCCGGCAGCAGCAGCAGCAGCAGCCGCCGGGGCUCCUUCUCUUCGGGCCUCAUGGGAGCGACCAGCAGCACCAGCACCAUGAUGACGGCGGCGGCGGCAGGGGGCUCCCCAGCCUCUCCCCAGCAGCAGCAGCAGUUGCCGCCGCUUGGCGGUGCUGGUGCGGGCGGCGUGGGGGGCGGCAGCGCUACCGGCAGGAGAGCGCAUCACCCCUCGCACCCCUCGCCUCCCGGAGCAGGCAGCCACCACGACGGCGGCGCCCACCCCACUCGGAGGGCCUCAGCGCGCUCCCUGCACCCCUCCGCGGGGUCCGGCCCGGCCUCCGCUGCCUCCGCUGCCGCUGUCUCUGCUGCCGCUGCCGCCGACGCAGCUAGGAGACACAGCAGCGGUGGCGGUGGCGGUGGCGGAGCUCGCGGCCAUAGCAGCAGUCGCGAAGGAGGGGUGGCUGCUUCUGCUGCUGCUGCAGGGGGUGGAAGUGGAGGUGGUGGCAGUCGGGAUGUGUCGCCGGGCGGCUCCUCGGUGACGAGUUCGGUGGGGUCGCGGCAGCAGCAGCGGGCGGAGGCGGAGCGGCGGAAGAGGGAGGCGCAGCUGGCCUCCGACGUGCGCUUCCUGGCGCGCAUCCGCAGUCGCGCGGGGGAGGUGCAGCGGCAGCACGCGCAGCUGCUGGCGGCCGCAGAGCAGUCGGUGCAGGCAGCCCGGAGCGCUAAGGCCGCCUCCGAGGCUCAGCACCGCUGGCUGCAGCACCAGCAGGCGCUGGUGGAGGGGGCGCGGAGGCAGCCCGGGCAGCUGCUGGCGUCCCUGGAGCGCAACCAACAGCAGCAGCAGCAGCAAAUGCAGUACCAGCAGCAACAGCAGUACCAGCAGCAGCAAUUACAAAGACAGUAUCGAUUGCAGCAGGAGCAGGAGCAGCAGCAGCAGCAGCAGCAGUUUGAGGUGGUGAUGGGGGGUGGAAUGUAUGAGGCGUAUGGGGACAGGGACAGGGCGUACCGGGGGCGAUAGUGUGCCGGUGGAAGAGCUAAGGGGUGGAGGAGGAAGAGAUGCAUGGGAGGGCGGACUUGUUGGGGUGGGGUAGGGGGCGUAAGCCGGUAGGGAGGAGGUGUGGGGUGCGACUUCGGCUGCGACCGGAAAAUGGAAUCAAAAUGAAAUCAGAUCGAAAUAUUAAGUGCAUUCGUUAGUUCGUUGCGUACGGUGGGGGAAUGCUGGGUGGGUGGUUGGGUGGGUGGGUGUGGGGUGGCCCAUGGUUCGGGCCGGACUUGAGACCCGACCUGGGCCGACAGUCUUGGGAGGGCUGUGCAGGCAAGCAGGUGGCGAGCAGUGGACGAGUGGAGGAAACAGGUGCUGCUGGUGCUGCUGCUGGUGCUGCGAGGGGGGACGUAUGGCCGGCGUGUUGGUGGUGUCAGACAGGGCGGGCGGGGGCCUUGUUGCCAAUAGCUGGUGAGACACUACAGCGCGAGGUGUUUCGCGCAGUUUGAUUAGUAUCCUUGUGACCCAGGUUUUUCGUGCGUGCGAUUGGGAUAGCCUUCUUCCCAAGCGUGCAGGCACGUGUCAAGGCAGUGUGGUACCUGGACACAGCGUGCGUUCAGCGCAAGCCAGCAGAAAGGGCGACUUUGCCUUUGCCGAUCGUAUCCUGCCUGUUUGCUAGUGGGAAACACGGCGUUUGGCGCAACCGCGAACGGAUGAGAAGCUACAAAUUGAAAGACUUGCUCGAGAAGGUUGUAAGCUGGUCAAUUUUCGAUAAGAAGGGCCGAGGCGGGGUGAUAGCAUAAUAUUCGCCGUCGUCGGGACCUUUGCGUGAAGGCAGCAGGCGAUAACAGACGUGUGCAGAGGAUCCUGGAGCAUGCACGCCAAAUUAUUAAAUACUGUUUCCAACGUGUAGGGUCAACGGAGCUUGGAUUGGUAUUCAGUUUCCCUUGCUGUCUAGAAGCGGGCCGGAUGGUGAUGAGUAAUAACGGGCGAGCAACUGCAGCAGAAACGGAAAGCAGCG